AUGGCUCCCACCUCAUCCACUCUCUUUCCUCGACAAGGCUUCGGUGGUGACGGCGGCCCAGGCGGUUUCGGCGACCACAGGGGUCCAGGCGAUGGUAAGGGAGUCUCGACGUGGGCCAUCCUUGGUAUCGUGAUUGCCAUCGCCAUUAUCGGUCUUAUUGUUGCCUUCUUCAUCUUCAGACGCAUUCAACGUCGCCGGAGGAGAGCUGCAAUCCCCGCCAUAAACCUGCAACCCCCAACAUCCAACAAACCCUCGUCGACGACCCCAUCCGCUGCCGACCCGUCAAAAUAUGGCGCCAGCACCAACACGGGUUACACCGCCACGGCCGACCAGAGCCAGUCACUCCUGGGCAACGCAGAGGCCCCCGCCAUCGUGAUGUGGGAACCUGGAGCGCACGGCGGCGUCGGUUCCACGCAGGAUGGGUUCGGCUACGACAACAACCUGAACCUGGUCCAGCGGCCCGCCAGCGUCGCCAGCUUUUCCGCCCCGCCACCCCGGUACGAGGAAGCUACGAGCACCGGCGGCGGCGGCGCGGGAGGACUCCGACCACAAGGCGAGGCGGCGAGCUAUUACAACACCGCGGCGGCACCCACAGGCCAGGAACGCGGGCGCAGCCUCACCCGGGACGGCGAGGGAUCGAGACCCCGCGCGCUGAGCGUGGACCAACGAAGCGUCAACGGAGAUCGGAGACGGAGCUUUUCGCGGUUCAGAGAGGAGGGCAUGGUGGACGUCAACGUCGAUGCGAAAAGUUGA